CCAGCACAGGGUCCCAGGUGUGCCCGGGUGUGCCCACCCAGGCGCCGCGGCCAUUUCGGGGCUGCCCCGCCCUCACCUGCGCCAGGUGAGCGCCAUGUUCCGGGGCUGAGCCCGGCCGGGAUGCGGCGCCGAGGGGCGGCGGGGGCCGGCGGCCGCCUCCUGCUCCUCCUCCUCCCGCGGGGGGCUCUGCUGCUGCUCGGUGUCUGCAAUGCUCUUUCCCUGGAAAUUAAAGCCAGCCCGAAAGUCCGAGCUUUUGUGGGUGAGCAAGUGCUGCUGAAAUGUUCCUUCAAAUCCAGCUCCCCCAUCACGGAGAACCUGCUGGUGGACUGGACCUACCGCCCCCUCACUGGGGGCCCGAUGGAGAGAAUUUUUCACUACCAGUCCAUGCCAUACCCUACAGAAGCAGGGAAGUUCAAAGACAGGAUAUCCUGGGUUGGGAAUGUUGCUAGAGGCGAUGCUUCCAUCGCUCUCCAAAGUCCAGCGCUCAGUGACUACGGCACUUUCAUCUGCAGCGUGAAGAACCCUCCAGAUGUUUAUCACAACGUUCCCCAGACGGUGCUGCUGGUCACAGAGCGGGGCCUGGCCUUCCAGCUGAGCUCAGCAGCUCUGCUGUCCAUCCUGGUGUUCCUCCCUUCCAUCCUCGUGGUCAUUCUGCUGCUGGUGAGGAUGGGGAGGAAAUUCCGGGUGAUGAAGGAGAAAGGAAAAUGUGGCUACAAGAAAUCCUCCAUUGAGGUGUCUGAUGAGCCUGAGCACACGGGCACCGCUAGCUGCGGGGGGAAAAUCAAGGAGUGGUGUCUGAACUGUGUGGACACGGAUGAGGAAGAUCCGUACUGAUGGAAGACUGAAGCUGUGGAAAAAGACUAAAGUUACAAAAAGUCCUGCUUAGAUCCUUCCAGAGGCUGCUGGGCAGGUUGAAGGAUGUGCCCUGCUCUUGGUGGAUUGGAAGAAUAAUGCUGGUGGGAUAACUCACUUCUAUUUAAGCACAAAAUAACAGUUUUCUAAAAAUCUUUCUAAUUUAUUGGUGAAAAGAAAAUCUCUUGCCCUCGGAUCUGUGGGGCCUCCAGAAGCCUCAGUGCCUGCAGUGCCAACGUGCCUUGGUUUUCCUGCAAACUGGUUUGGUUCAUUGGUUUGAUUUUUUGGUGACAUCUCUCUUUUCCUGAGCCCUGGAAAUCCAGUGUUUUGAAGGAAAGGCUGCUCCAGCUCUCUGGGCACUGGCAAGGUUUAUUCUCAGGUUUUUUGGGACAUACUGACUCACACCAGUUUGAUGAAGUGAAUCUGGCAUUCUCUGUCUUGGAGUGAAGAGAACCUACUGCUUUUGAAGUAUUUUUUAAUUCAGCUGCAUCACUGGGUACCUCUCCUUCUGCUUGUAGAAGUGAAGCCCAAUUCAUAAAAAACAAUUCUUUAAAAAUAUUUUUAAUCAGGAAUGCAAAUGGGGACUCUGUUUCUGGGGACACACAACCCCAUCUACCUCAGCCAUGGACUCAAGCACUGCCCAAAGGAAUGUUCUGUUUGCAGUAGUUGUUUUCUUCCUCCCUUCUUCUAGGACCCAUUUUAGGGAAAUGGUUAAUUGUGCAGCAUUAUUUCCCCUUGAUGAAGGUAUUUCCUCUUUCACCAGCCUUAUCCAACCAUGAGUAGCAGUGGAACUAAUCCACUCAAUCCCUAAAAAGCUGCUUUCUUUCUGUAUCAGUCAAAUAUUCUCCUUUUACCAAUGUGCUCCAAGUUUACUGUUGAUUCUGCUGUGCAAUUACCAAUAAAUUGCAUUACUCCA